AUGUCUACUUUGUGGACAUGGGCUUCUACAUUCACAAUUCAACCUGGUAUUUUAACUAAUGUAUUAAAACUGAUGAAAGCCAAAGGUGAUUUAUUAACUGAGGAGGAAAAAUUAACAGUAAUUUCUUUUGACGAGACAUAUAUUUCACACAGAAUUUGUUAUGACAAAAAAUUUGAAAAAGUAUAUGGUCCACACAGAUGCGUUCAAACCGUUGUAGCUAGAGGGUUAUUGAGCAAUUGGAAACAACCAAUAUUUUAUAACUACGAUACUUCUAUGACAAAAGAAUUACUUAAUAACAUAAUACAAGCACUACAUGAAAAUGGUUUUAAUGUGAUCGCUAUUGUGAGUGAUAUGGGUUCGUCAAAUGUUGGAUUGUGGAGAGAUAUGGGUAUUUCUAUAACAAAUACGUCAUUUAAACACCCGAUGACUAAUAGAAAUGUACAUGUGUUUGCUGAUGUGCCGCAUAUGUUAAAACUUGCAAGAAACCAUUUUCUCGAUCAAGGAUUCAUAUUACCUAAUGGUAAAUACAUCGGGAAGAAUAUAUUGCAACAAUUAAUCAAGUUGAACGGAGGAAAUGAUUUCAAGCUAUCACAUAAGAUUUCUGACCGUCACAUUUCUGUAGAGGGUACAGCUCGAAUGAAUGUACGGUUAGCUGCAAAUGUAUUUUCAAAUACAGUCGCCAAAGCCAUAUUAUUCUGCGGAAACAACAAAUAUAUUAAUGAUUACAACUGGAAAGAAGUAAAGUUAUACACUAUUAAAUUAGCAAUUAAAAAUAUGUACAGGCGAUCGUUUGACUAG